CAGAAAAUGAUUUAUGCGGGCGUUGUAUUAUUUUAUUUUACCGUAUAUAUCCAAUCUAUUAAGGUGUUAAUUAUAUAACAGAAAGAAAAAAACGAAUUAUUCAAAAUAUUGUUUGUAUUUGUUGGUUUAGUGUCAAUAUAGAAAAAGUAAAUAACCAUGAUUUUAAGGCGGAUAUUUAUUCCAAGAAUACUCAAAGCAGCGCUUCUGUUGGGUUGUUUUUGUUGCUAUGGAGUGCAUGGAACUAAUGUAAUACAGGGUGAGUCGGCUUUCAUCCCAUGUUACAACCCUGAAACUGCCUCACAGUUUCCGAACAUGUUGGUUAUAUUAGAAUUUCAACCAACACCAACUGCUCCUCAGCAGCUAGUUAGCCAUUACCAGCCUGCUCAGCUCAAAGACCCAGUUGUGUUUGCGACUGGUAGUCGAUAUAGAGGACGCCUACAAUUCAUGAACACUGGUCAGCUUGAGAUUAAAUUCAUCAGCUUACCUGACGAGGGAACUUUCACAUGCACAGCACAAGUAUACUCACUUGCACCAAGCAAGAUUAUAACAUCUGUCAUUGUUUAUGUUGCCCCUCAGUUUGAGGUUAGAAAAGUAAAUGAUCCUCUACUAAUUAGUGAUGGUGGCACGAUGGUCAAUGCUGCAGAAUGCAUUGCUAGUAAUGGUAAGCCACCAGCUGUGGUUUUCUGGGGCACAAACCGUCACCUAGAUUUCGACCAAACUGCUACAAACAGCAGCACAACACCCCUUCUCACAACUGCAGUGUCUACACUUCAUGUUGAACCAACCAAAUUCUACAACAAACAAUCCUUCUACUGUGAGAUGAGACAUCCCUCCAUUCCCAACAGCAAGCGAGAAACCAUAUACCUUAAUGUUACUUACCCUCCAGAAACCCCCACCAUCACAGUAACUGCUGAUGGCUUGAGUCUUACAUGUAUUUCCCAUGCUAACCCUCCGGCAACUAUAUCAUGGUUGUUGCCAGCGUCGGCACCUUCGCGCACUUUUAUGGGUCCAACUGUGUCCAUGAUGUCACCGAACACGGCCGAGCGCUCCAACGACACAUACACUUGCACAGCAAAUAAUGGAAUAGGAGUAGCAGUACAGAGCACCAUUACUGCUGGGGAGGCAUCAGCUGUCAUUGUUGUGACAAAAGAAAGCAAUGUUGGAAUAAUGGUUGGAGCAAUCAUUGGAAGUUUGGUUGUCCUUGCGAUCAUUAUUGCUCUCAUCUACUUCUUCAUCAUAAAACCUGCCAGAGAAAAAGAUACAGGGCCCUAUGACCAAACUAUACAACCUUUUAAAGCAGACAGCCGACAAUCGAGUGGUCGAUUUGAAUCCACUUCAAGGUCGCGACCUUUAAUCGAACACGCGAACGAGAGCUUAAACCAAAACCGACCCCCUAGUCCCAACCAACCUCCACCUGAAGAUGUUCCCGAUAGUGGCAGCAGUGACUCUGAUUCAAGCGAGGGCAACCAUGAUGUAGAUUUUGAUGUUGAUCCUUCAACAAACUUGGUGGAUCGACCAGGAGAACCAGCCGGCAUCACCAGCAGGGCAUCUGUCAAUUUCCAGCCUUACUGGAGAAAUUCUAUCUCUGAGGCGCGCCGCAAGCGACCCAGCACCUCCCCAGCCUCCCGUCGAAGCCGUAUUGAACCCAAACAAGAAGAAUCUCCGUCCCCCGCCCCACGUCAGCAACAGCCGAGGUACGACUACCCACCGGAGGGCAGCAGCUACGACGAAAAUGACCAGGAAUCCCCAACCCUCCAAUACAACAGACACGGAUAUCCAGAUGAAGAAUUUUCCGAUCCUUACCAUCAACCUGCAUUUGUUCAAUACCCACCUGAACCCCACCAACCACCCCGUAGAACAGACAGCUUACCACAAUAUGAACCCAAAUAUACUGAAAUUGAUCAUGGCAACUAUAAAAAGGGCACAGGCCAACGAAGACCACAAUAUGAAGAGCCAGUGGAGUACGCACAGAUCAGACAUGGGUAUUCACACGUUGUAUAAACUCUAGCAUAUGCUAUAUAAAAAUAGUGCUACACGCUAACUAAAACUUUGUGCAGAACUUUUAGUAAACCACAUAUAAAUGCACUUGGUCUAAAGAUUUUCUGUUUAAUUUAAAAAAAGAAACAGAAAACACAUACGGAAAACAUCAUUUUUUUAUUACAACAGCAAGUCUCAACAGCUAUAUCAGAUUAGCUUUUUCUAACUUUGUUUUAUAAAAACUGUACCAAACAAACUGUAUUCAUAUAUUUUCUUCCAACUGUACGGUGCUUUUAUGUUUUUCAAACUACAUAUCAAAGUGACAGGUGCUACCCUAAUGACAUUAUUAUAGUUUCUGAUGGUACU